ACAUUAAAGCGCGUGACCCCUCCUCUGUCCGGGUCUCAGCGACUGUCCACGGAUCUCUCGCCUGGCUUUGGUCUCUUCAGCUCAGCCUCCCGGCCAGGCCCUCUCAGUGGGCGGUGCCCCCGGCGCCCCCCGCCAACCUCCCAGGAGUACUAUUGGUGGAGAGCUGUCGAGAAGGCGGUGUUUAGCUGGCCUCCGAGAACCGGAUUAGUUGUGGGGACCCCGAGGCGGGCCGGAGGCGGGUCCGUCUGGGAGGCGGGCGGGGCGGCUGGGGCCCGGCCCAGAGCUCCGGGCGGUCGCAUUGUUUUCCUCCGCGGAGCCGCGGCGGGAGUGGGGUUUGCGACUGGGACCCAGGGCUCGCUCGACCCGACAGCGCCCGGGAGCCCAGAUCCAAGCUCCAUCCAAUUCAGACGCUCCCCACACAUCACCAGAGCCCUAGCCACCGAUUGCGAACUCGGAGCGGUGCGCGGCCGCUGCCGGCCCGCUGCGCUCUCUAUCCCGCUGACCCGGAUCUCCGAACCGAGGUCUCUCAAGGAGGAGAGCCGAGCUGGCGACUGCAUCUCGAGCCCACGGACCCCGCUCAGCGCUGGCCCCAGGCCCGCCUUCGUCGGUUCCAAGAUUCUGGCCCUGUUUCCCUGGCCUCGGAGACCCGCCUCCGCUCCCCAGCCCCCGCUCCCAUCCCCAUUCGGUCUGCGCCUGCAGGCCCCUCCAGCCCCUCCUCCCGCUAACGUGGCUCUGGGACCCGGUCCCGGCCCAGACUCUGCUACCCGCCCCUCUCGGAGCCCCAGAUCCAGUGAGGGGGAGAGACGUCGAUCCCCUGGCCUCGGGCCCACCCCUUGUCAGAGGUCUCCUAUCCCCCACAAACCCUCACAGGAGUCACCACCCCAGGGCCAGCAUAUGGGUAUUUCCCCAUUAUCCUGGUUCCGGGGCCUGGAGGAUGAUGCUGUGGUUGCAGAACUUGGGCUGGACUUUCAAAGAUUCUUGACCUUGAACCGGACCUUGCUAGUGGCUGCCCGGGAUCAUGUUUUCUCCUUUGAUCUUCAAUUCCAAGAAGAAGAGGAGGGGCUAGUGCCCAACAAGUAUCUAACAUGGAGGAGCCAAGACAUGGAGAACUGUGCCGUGCGGGGGAAGCUGACGGACGAGUGCUACAACUACAUUCGUGUCCUUGUUCCCUGGGACUCCCAGACACUCCUUGCCUGUGGAACGAACUCCUUCAGCCCUAUGUGCCGCAGCUAUGGGAUAACUUCACUGCAGCAGGAGGGUGAGGAGCUGAGUGGGCAGGCUCGAUGCCCCUUUGAUGCCACCCAGUCCAAUGUGGCCGUCUUUGCAGAGGGCAGCCUGUACUCAGCCACAGCUGCGGAUUUCCAGGCCAGUGAUGCUGUGGUUUACAGAAGCCUUGGGCCUCAGCCCCCACUCCGCUCCGCCAAGUACGACUCCAAGUGGCUCCGAGAGCCACACUUUGUCCAUGCUUUGGAGCAUGGAGAACAUGUCUACUUCUUCUUCCGAGAGGUGUCUGUGGAGGACGCCCGCUUAGGGAGGGUGCAGUUCUCCCGUGUGGCCCGUGUGUGUAAGCGUGACAUGGGUGGCUCACCUCGGGCCUUGGACCGCCACUGGACAUCCUUCCUGAAGCUGCGGCUCAACUGCUCUGUCCCUGGGGACUCUACCUUCUAUUUUGACGUCUUACAGGCCUUGACUGGGCCUGUGAACUUGUAUGGCCGCUCUGCUGUCUUUGGGGUCUUUACCACCCAGACCAAUAGCAUCCCUGGCUCUGCGGUCUGCGCCUUCUACCUGGAUGACAUUGAGCGUGGGUUUGAGGGCAAGUUCAAGGAGCAGAGGAGUCUGGAUGGGGCCUGGACCCCUGUGUCUGAGGACAGAGUCCCCUCCCCCAGGCCAGGAUCCUGUGCAGGAGUAGGUGUAGCUGCCCUGUUCCCCUCUUCUCGAGACCUCCCUGAUGAUGUCCUGACCUUCAUCAAGGCUCACCCACUCCUGGACCCUGCCGUGCCACCUGCCACCCAUCAACCUCUGCUCACCCUCACCAGCAGGGCCCUACUGACCCAAGUAGCUGUGGAUGGCAUGGCUGGUCCUUACAGUAAUACUACAGUUCUGUUCCUCGGCUCCAAUGAUGGGACAGUGCUGAAGGUGCUGCCCCCAGGAGGGCAAUCUGGGGGCCAGGAGCCCAUUCUGUUGGAAGAGAUUGAUGCCUACAGCCCCUCCAGGUGCAGUGGGAAGCGGGCAGCCCAAACUGCAAGGCGGGUCAUAGGGCUGGAGCUGGACACUGAAGGUCACAGGCUCUUUGUGGCUUUCUCUGGCUGCAUCAUCUACCUCCCUCUUAGUCGGUGUGCCAGGCAUGGAGCUUGUCGGAGGAGCUGUCUGGCUUCUCAGGACCCAUACUGUGGAUGGGAUAGCUCCAGAGGCUGUGUGGAUAUCAGGGGACCUGGUGGGACUGAUGUGGAUCCAGCUGGGAACCAGGAAUCCAUGGAGCAUAAUGACUGCCAAGAUGGAGCUACUGGGAGUCAGUCUGGCACAGGGGAUUCUGCUUAUGCCUCCUCUCCCUAGAGCCCCUUCGGCACCGGCACAGUUGUCAGUUGCUCUUGGCAUGGCUACAGGGGCCGGAGCUGGGAGGGGGACUCCCCAGGCCCAAGCUCUAGCUUGUGUGCGAGGGGUAGUUCGAUGGGCUGUGUGUGUUGAGAGGUCAGGGGGGAGGUGAUUCCUCAAGAGGGUCAAGGCUGCGUUGGAUUGAAGCUGAGCAGCAGCAGGAGAGCGUGACACUUCGGAGCUCGCCAUCCCGCCCCGGCCUACCUUCGCUGAGCCCCCUCCUCCCUCUCGGU